GUUUCUGUCAAAAACACAACGAUUUAUUUCAUAAUUAUUGGGUGGAGACUGGUGGGAUUUGUUCUGAUUAAUUGAUAUCACAAUGGCAUUCUGAUUGUUCGCCCUUUUAAUUAUCGUCUGCUUGGAGUCAAUUAAUGAGAGUUUCUAUUAUUCGUGGGGCAUUUUCACGAUACAUAUCACUGUUACCUUGGAUACAGCAAGACAGCAUGGAAGACAGUGGUAUUGAUAGCGAUCCUAAACCUAUCAAUCAGGGAGAGGAUGAGAGAUUUUUUCUGACGAGUGACAGUAGCUGCAGUAGCAAUCAGACACAGACACCCCCACGAUCAACGACGAAACAAUUGCAGAAAAAACUGGAGGCGAGAAUUGAGCAAGCCAAACGUAUUCAGCGGAGCUCUGAGUACAUAAAGCUGUCCAAUAAUGAUAAAAGUAGCAUGGUAUCCGGUAACUCGAGUGGAUUAAUACCAAUCCAGAGGCUACCCAUUCCACAUAAGAGCAAUGAACAUCAUCCACUGGUCGAGUACUGGAGGAGCGACAGCGAAAGUGAAGAUGAAACUACAUUAUUUCCAAUUUCACGUGGCAAGGACAACUCAAAGCACAAACAAGAUCUCACGGAUACUUUCAGUAUCGAGGAGCUCAGUGAGGGCAGUGAGGAUUCGUUGAAUCUAGGUCCUACAAAAUCAACUCAUCCUCACACGCGCACCUAUACACCAACUGGAUGUUUCAAUUGUCAUUGCCAUAUACUUUGAAAUGCUAUCGAAUGAAAAUGGUCCAGUGGUUGCGGAACAUGAAACACAGACAGCGUACGAUAAAUCGUCUUCCAGGGUCUGAACUCUAGUUUCGUGAUGUACCUUUUGUGUUAUGUAAUUUUGCUCGUUUGACUUUGAGAGCCAUCCGCACAAUGUAGGGUAUCAUUUUGGGUUGGAGGGGCGUUUUGUUUCGAAUUAUGAAUCAUUACUGAUGAAGGUAUUGAGUGCAGGGAAAUAAAAUAUAUGAAUAUGAGUACAUUGAAGAGUUUUAUGAGUAGAGAGCUUUAUGGAGGAGAAUACUUUCGGAAUAAAGAGAUGGUGUCCAAAUGA